AUGAAGAAAUCAGAGCUUGUUUUCGUCCCUGUACCUGCUUUAGGUCACCUAACCUCAACCAUAGAACUCGCAAAGCAUUUGCUUGAUCAAGAUGAAAGAUUAUCCAUCACAGUCCUUCUUAUCCCUCCCCUCGGUGGAACCGAUCUUGGUUCAUACACAAAGUCGCUUGCUGCUUCUGAUGCUCGAAUCAGAUACACCAUGAUUCCUCCCACUAACCAUCUUUCUCAACCUCCUUCUUCACCUAUGGCCUUCGAAAAGUUUGCUAGCCUCUUCAUUGAGAGCCAUAAAUCUCAUGUCGAACGAGCAGUCAUGGAGUUGCUAUCAGAUGAUUCAACUCGUCUUGUUGGGUUUGUACUUGAUAUGUUCUGUUGUUGUAUGAUCGAUGUCGCCAACACAUUCAAAGUCCCUUCAUACAUCAUCUUCUCUUCAAACACUGUUUUUCUUGGAUUUCUACUCCACCUGCCGGAGCGCAACAACAAAGGUGAAUUCAACUUUAACCCAUCGGAUCCUGAUUCAGUGAUCCCAUGUCUCAAGAAUCCUGUUCCUGCGAAUGUGCUCCCAGGUGCUGCAUUAGAUAAACCUGGUGGUGGGUAUGAGACUUUCCUUUAUCUUGGCACCAGGUUUCAGGAAUCCAAAGGAAUUAUCAUAAACUCAUUUGUUGAACUCGAACCAUACGCUGUUAAUUCAAUGGUAUCCCACCCGAUCACUGUAUACCCAGUUGGGCCUUUGCUUGACCACAAGAUCAACCAUAACAAGUCAACUGAAUCGACUGAGAUCAAGAACUGGCUCGACAAUCAACCUUCAAAGUCAGUCAUCUUCCUGUGCUUCGGGAGUAUGGGGAGUUUUAAGCAACCCCAGAUAGAGCAGAUUGCUAUGGCUCUUGAGAAGAGUGAUCAUCGGUUCUUGUGGUCAAUGCGACAGCCACCACCAGAAGGCAUGCAUGGGGCUCCAACAGACUACACGAGCUAUGAAAAGGUUCUACCAAAUGGGUUUUUGGCAAGAGUGAAAGAUAGAGGUAUGGUUUGUGGUUGGGCACCACAAGUCGAAGUGCUAGCUCAUGAAGCCAUUAAAGGGUUUGUGUCUCACUGUGGAUGGAACUCCAUCUUGGAGAGCUUGUGGUAUGGAGUCCCGAUAGCAACUUGGCCAUUGAAUGCAGAACAACAAAUGAAUGCUUUUUAUAUGGUGAGGGAGUUGGGAUUGGCUGUGGAAUUGAGUUUGGCAUACAGAAGCAGUCGGAGCGAGAUAGUGAUGGCAGAUCAGAUAAAAACAGCGAUAAAUUGUUUGAUGGAUGAUACCAAUCCAAUGAGGGAGAGAGUGAAGAAGAUAAGUGAGGAAAGCAGGAAGGCUUUUAUAAAAGGCGGAUCUUCGUUGGUUACACUAGGAAAAUUGGUUGAAGAUAUGUUAGAAAACUUAGGAGAAAUACAAUAA